AUGCCCCACCUCCGAGCUCACGAAGUCAAGCAGCUCUUACACAACAAAUAUGUUGUCGUCCUGGGGGACUCCAUCCAGCGCGCCGUGUACAAGGACCUGGUGCUCCUGCUCCAGAAGGACUGUCUGCUGUCUUCCAGUCAGCUGAAGAGCAAGGGUGAGCUGAGCUUCGAGCACGACGUGCUGCUGGAGGGCGGCAGGUGGGGACGCAUGCACAAUGGNNNUCACUACCGCGAGGUGCGCCAGUUCUGCUCGGGCCGCCACUUGGUACGCUUCUACUUCCUCACACGUGCCUACUCGCCCUACGUCGAGGACAUCCUGCAGCAGCUGCGCUGGGGUGAGUAUGCCCCCGAUUUGGUAAUCAUGAAUUCGUGCCUCUGGGACUUGUCCAGGUAUGGACGCAAUUUUCUCAGGAGCUACCGAGAUGACCUGGAGAGGCUGUUCCGACGCCUGGAUCAGGUGCUGCCAGCCUCCUGCCUCCUGGUGUGGAACACCACCAUGCCUGUGGCCGAAGUCGUAUCCGGGGGCUUUGUCCUGCCUGAUGCCCCGGCCUGCCCUUCACGCCUGCGCGAAGACGUGAUAGAGGCCAACUUCUACAGCUCAGCAGAGGCAGUGAGGCGUGGCUUCGACGUGCUGGAUCUCCACUUCCACUUCCGCCAUGCAGGGCAGCACCGGCUGAGUGAUGGCGUCCACUGGGAUGAGCGUGCGCACCGCUACCUCUCCCAGCUGCUGCUGGCACACGUGGCAGACGCCUGGGGCGUGGUCCUCCCAGCACACAACCCUGUGGGCAGGUGGAUCAGGGAUGUCCCCGCUGAGGGACAGCCAGACCGGGAAGAGAGAAGGCAGCCUCGAGACCACCACAGAUAUGAGCGGCGUGAACCCCCUGUGUCCAGGAGCUCUUACUCUCCCAGGUACCACCGCCACAGCCCUCAGAGAUCUUCCUCGAACCCUCGAAACUCACUGAGCCGCAGAGAAGACCCCAUGCCAUCCUCUCCAUCUUCCCAGCAUCACCCAUUACGCAGAGAUUCCCCGAGGCGCAGGCGUGGAUAUACCAGGGAAACCAACUCCACAGACCGUCAACAGAGGCCAGGCCCUAUCCGCAGAGUCUCUACCCACCACCAAAACAGACAGUCUCCCCCUUACCCUUCCCGACACCACAGUGAACCACAUAGAUCCCAUCGAAGGCACAGUCACCGACGGACCUAA